GGAGGGUCUUCAUCCCGCCCUCCGAGUCCUCCCUGCCCGCUGACUCAGUGCCUUCGAAGCAUCGUCGUUCACCUGCUGGGACUCGGAGCAGAGCAGCGGCAUCCUCUCCGGAAACACGAACAUCCAACAUGAACACAGACAUGGCCAAAACAGCAUCUGCGUACAAGGAGAAGGUGAAGGAGCUCUCCGUCUUCUCGCUCAUCUGCUCCUGCUUCUACCCGGAGACACGCAAGCUUGCCAAAGAGUUUGAAGCAGAUAUUGAGGUGAAGCCGAUUAACAAGCGCGCCACUGGGCAGGCGUUUGAGGUGAUCCUGAAGCCCCUGUCUCCAGUAUCAGAAGUGGGGCACGCCCUGGCUUCUCCCCCCAAGAGAGACAUUUCCUUGGACGACAUCGAGAAAAAACUGGAGGCGGCUGAAGAGCGGAGAAAGUACCAAGAAAGUCAGGUGCUGAGGACUUUGGCGGAAAAGCGAGAGCACGAAAGGGACGUUUUGUUCAAGGCCUUGGAGGAGAACAACAACUUCAGCAAGAUGGCCGAGGAGAAGCUGCAGCAAAAGAUGGAGCAAAUCAAGGAGAACCGCGAGGCCCAUCUGGCAGCCAGGCUGGAGCGUCUGCAGGAGAAGGAGAGGCACGCGGCAUUGGUGCGCAGGAACAAAGAGCAGAGAGACGUGCUGACACCAUGAGGCGCGCACCACUGCCAAGUAUGAUCUCUGUCACUCCGUCCAAUCCGUCCCCCUCAUCCGUCCUUCAUCAGCGCUCCUCUGAGAACCCACUCCAGAACACGAGUACGUGCGAGACGUGGAGGACAUCAUCACCAUGAUGACACUACACCUGUCACCUGUCAAUCAAUCAACUUAGCUGUCAGUAUUAGCCAGGAUUUCUUGAUUUUACAGAGGGAUCUUAUUUUGUAAAUAUUCUGUCAUCCAUCCAUCUAUCUAUCUAUCUAUCUAUCUAUCUAUCCAUCUAUCUAUCUAUCUAUCUAUCUAUCUAUCCAUCUAUCUAUCCAUCUAUCUAUCUAUCUAUCUCUUAUCUUAACGGUUUUCCUCUGCAUUGUAAGUUGGAUGUAGACUGACGUUGGCAAUGUAUUUCUGAUGAUGAUGAUUUUUUGUGUGUGUACCUAAUAUGCAGCCAAACAUCUGUAUCUUCAACAUGCACGCUUGGAAUGUACAACAAUACAAAAAAACAACCCUCUGCAAUGUGAUUUGUGCUUUAUUUAUGAUAUGAUUCCGAACAUCUCCAGUCAAGUAGAAGCCCACAGUCUCUUUUUCAAUAUACAGUACAGUAAUACUUACAGUGCAGUAUCAUUUAUGUCUGCUUGUGUCCUCUGCUGCUUACCUGCCCGUGUCCCCUCCCCUAGCCUAACCUAAUAUUUUCUUCAUAAAUUUCUCUGUGAACGCUUUGCUUAUAGAAUAAUAAACAUUUGGGGUUCUGUGAACAUGAAACAUCCAGUGAGUUUCUCUGCAAAAAGACACUAAAUUGUAUGUCAACUGCCUAAUAAAGAGUCAAGACUUGCA